AAGAGAAUAUCCUCGCGUUCCAGGUCUUGACGAAGUCGAGCCCGGGGAUUUUUUGGGUAAACAGAAAGCUAGAGACCAAGUUGCAAGAGACAGGGCUAUUGACUUGGAAGUGGUAAGGAUUUUGAGAGAAAGAGUCAAAGAAUGCCAGAGGAGAGAAGAGGUCAAUCAUCUUCAAAGAUGUCGUGAACAUGUUGAGGCCUAUAUGAAAGCUCAUCGCAAGUAUAGAUCGGAAGGAUGGCUCUCUUUUCAUUAAGUCAAGUGCAAAUAUAAGUCAAACAGAAAUAGUUAUUAUUAUUAUUAUUAUUAGUGGUUAAUAGCCUAUGUAUUAUCAUUAUGUAAUAUCUAGAGAUGGGUGAUUCUGAGGUAUUCGAUUCUUCAAUUUUGAACUUGUACCAUCUUGAAAAAUCUACAUAGAUCUAUAGGCUAUCACCUAUAUAAUGGAAUUAAUUGAUUCCAGAUUAAGCCAUGCCCUUUCCAUUAAUAAUACUUUUACUUUAUUCAAUCAUUAUGCAUUGCAGCUGUAGCAGAUUUAAAAUGGGUGUGGCUGAGUUGAAAAGGCGUGGCUACACGUGUCAUAUGGCUGAAUGUAUUUUAAUUUCUUCUGAUACUGAAAAAACCAGCUCUGACGAGGAGCUGCCCUCUUUCAGCUCUAUAUUAAAAAGGAAGACUACAAGACCCUCCUCCUCAAAGAAUAAAGGAGCUGUACGGGAUAGCACAGCCACUAGAAAUAAGAAUAAUAAAAGAUCUACUGAAUUUAGUAGUACUUCAAAUGUCAUUGAACUUGAUUCGCCUCCUGAUGUAGCAAAGUGUGCAGAGCCUGAGAGUCAAAGUGUGUCUGAGGAAGAAGAGUUGGAGCUGGAUCCAAAAGUUGCAAAGAAGCGUAGGAUUGAGAAGGAGAAGGAGGCACGGAGGUUGGAGAGGGAGAGGAAGAAGGCAGAGAAGGAGCAUGAGAAAAGGGUACACAAGAUGGUAUCACAGGCUGAAACGGAGGGUAGGAAAGAAACCAGACCUGGUCAUAGAGUCAAGCAAAUGAUCGUACAGUUGGAGACUAGCAUAACAGAAUGUCCCAAACUGAUGAAGUCAUUAUUAGAGCAGCUGGAAGAGUUAGAAGUGCAAUAUAAAGUUGAGCCGUCUCUUCCCCAGCACUGUGUGAUGUGGAAGAGAAAAAGCACAACAAGAUGUUUGGAUCAAGAACUAGCUAAAGUGAGUGAGAGAGAGAGAGAGAGCAAACCUAUAUCUUAUUAUAGUAAUUUAAUUCACACCUUGUAAGCUGGGUUUCCCACAAAGCAUGCUAAGUCAGCUAAACAGCAUACUACAGACAUGAGCCAAAAAGCACUACAAUAGUGAAUGGUUUUUGGAGUAACUUUUAAAAAUCUGUAAAAAAUCUAAUUUUGAUUGGAAUGAGCU